AGAGAGCAAAGCAAUUCAGAGAUCAUCCCAGGCGCUCAGGCGGUCAUUGGUAGCAGCCUAGUAGUUCAGGAGACUCAGGGAGGGACACCCGCCCAGUAAACAACGGGGUGUCACGCAGAGGGAGACACUGAAAGACCGAGAAAAGUUAGCGAGAGAAAGCAGAGGAGAGGAUCAAGUAGUGUGAGAGGAAAACUUUCUAGCUACUACCCCCAGGUUUCUCGCCUCCCUCUCCCCUUGGCUCUGAGGACUGGGUGAAAAGGGGAGGGGAUGCUCUUGUGAGUUGCGCCUCCUUUCGUCGGGUCGGGUGAGUGAGUGAGUGGUGUGUGAUCUCCAAGUUUUCAGACUGGAAAGAGCCUGGGACGUAGAGCCCGAGCUCAGAGGACUGACUGACUGGUCCGGAGGAGGACAGGCAACAGGCGCAGUUACCAGUCAGGAGCAACAGCCACUUUGGGAAGCAGCAGCAGCAGCAGCAGCAGCAGCAACACCGUCCCACCGGUGUUUGAACAUGGAAGUACAAUAAGAAAGAGGACCCCGGCAAACUUCAGUCUAAGCGGCGCUCCAAGUCUCCCAGACGGCUCCUCUUUUCUGUCAACAUGAAAGACGAUUUUGCAGAGGAGGAGGAGGUGCAGUCCUUCGGUUACAAGAGGUUUGGUAUUCAGGAAGGAACACAAUGUACCAAAUGUAAAAAUAACUGGGCACUGAAGUUUUCUAUCAUAUUAUUAUAUAUUCUGUGCGCCCUGCUAACAAUCACGGUAGCCAUUCUGGGAUACAAAGUUGUAGAAAAAAUGGACAACGUCACAGGUGGCAUGGAGACAUCACAUUUAAGAUACAACGAGAAACUCACAGAAGUGGAAAGUGGUCUGAAGAAAUUAGGAGACCAAACUGGGCAGAAAGCUGUGAGCACCAACACAGAACUUUCCUCCUUCAGAUCAGACAUACUGGACCUUAGACAACAACUUCAUGAGAUUACAGAGAAAACCAGCAAGAAUAAGGAUGCACUAGAGAAGUUACAGGAGAGCGGGAACAUAUUGGAUGACAGGCAGAGUCAAAUGAAAGAAACAUUGGAGAAUAACUCUUUCCUGAUCACCACUGUCAACAAAACCCUCCAGGCUUACAAUGGCUAUGUCAACAAUCUGCAGCAAGACACAAGCAUUCUCCAGGGAAACUUGCAGAGCCAAAUGCAUUCACACAAUGUGGUCAUCAUGAACCUAAACAACCUGAAUCUAACACAAGUGCAACAAAGGAACCUAAUUAGCAGUCUGCAGAGAUCUGUGGAUGACACGAGCCAAGCUAUCCAACGAAUUAAGAAUGAUUUCCAAAAUCUGCAACAGGUUUUCCUUCAAGCAAGGAAAGACACCGAUUGGCUUAAGGAGAAAGUACAGAACUUGCAAAUGCUGGCUGCCAACAACUCAGCCUUAGCCAAAGCUAACAAUGACACUCUAGAGGACAUGAAUAGCCAACUUAACUCUUUCAAUGGUCAACUGGACAAUAUCACUACUGUCUCACAAGCCAAUGAACAGAAUCUGAAAGACCUUCAAGACUACCACAAAGAGUCAGAGAAUAGAACCACCACCAAGUUUAACCAGCUAGAGGAACGAUUUCAACUUUUUGAAACAGAUAUAGUUAACAUUAUUAGCAAUAUCAGCUAUACAGCCCACCAUUUGCGGACGCUGACCAGCAACCUGAAUGAUGUGAGGACAACUUGUACAGAUACCUUGACCAAACACACAGAUGACCUAACUGCCUUGAACAAUACACUGGCCAACAUUCGUUUGGAUUCUACGACUCUCAGGAUGCAGCAGGAUGUCAUGAGAUCAAGGUUAGAUAUUGAAGUAGCCAACUUGUCCGUGAUCAUGGAAGAAAUGAAACUGGUAGACUCCAAGCAUGGUCAACUCAUCAAGAAUUUUACAAUACUACAAGGCCCUCCUGGUCCCCGAGGACCUAAAGGUGACAGGGGACCCCAAGGACCAAUUGGUCCUACUGGUAACAAAGGACAAAAAGGAGAAAAAGGGGAGCCAGGGCCACCAGGUCCAACAGGUGAAAGAGGCCCAGUUGGGCCAAUCGGCCCUCCAGGGGACAAAGGCAGUAAGGGUUCCAAAGGAUCCCAAGGACCAAAAGGACAAAGAGGAUCCCCCGGGAAGACUGGCCCACCAGGACCAAGUGGAGACCCAGGCCCUCCAGGCCCUGCAGGCAAGGAUGGUGCUCCUGGCCCACAGGGUCCCCCUGGCUUCCAAGGAUUACAGGGCACUGUGGGAGAGCCUGGAGUUCCUGGUCCCCGAGGACUUCCUGGACUACCUGGUGUGCCAGGCAUGCCGGGUCCAAAGGGCCCACCUGGUCCACCAGGCCCCUCAGGAGCAAUGGCACCACUCGCUCUACAGAAUGAACCAACACCAGCACCAGAGCCUAAUGGAUGCCCCCCUCACUGGAAGAACUACACAGACAAAUGCUACUAUUUUUCAACAGAAAGAGAAAUUUUUCAUGAUGCAAAACUUUUCUGUGAAGACAAGUCUUCACAUCUCAUCUUCAUAAACACAAGAGAAGAACAGCAAUGGAUCAAAAAGCAAAUGGUGGGCAGAGAUAGUCUCUGGAUUGGCCUUACCGACUCUGAACAGGAGAACGAGUGGAAGUGGCUCGAUGGAACUACUCCGAAAUACACAAAUUGGAAAACUGGACAGCCCGAUAACUGGGGUCAUGGCCAUGGACCAGGAGAAGACUGUGCUGGGCUAAUCUAUGCUGGGCAGUGGAAUGAUUUCCAAUGUGAAGACAUUAACAACUUCAUUUGUGAAAAAGACAGGGAGCCAGCACCAACUUCUGCAUUAUAAAAAGCUGUGAAAUGACAGGCAUGGACACAAAUUCUGGACAUCUCCCAAAAGUAAAGGAUGUGCCUUUCUGACUAGAUCAUCUUCUCACCCAUGGAAAAA